CUCCCAUGCAUUAUUAUCUCCAUUUUCGCCCCAAGUAUCUCCAUUCAGCCGCAUUAGACCGUGACUGUCUCGCCAAUGCUCGCUUCCCCGUGGGGUUUGGGCGAUAACCGGCGGCCGCCCCAGUCACUACAACCUCCAAAGAAGUGUUAAAUAGAUAGACACCCACACCUCCCUUGUCCUAUUCACAAUAGUUCGGACCAUCAUUGUCUCGGUUUCUCAUUACUCUAUAUAACACAUACAUACAAGCAAUGGAAGACAAGCUCACCAAAGACCCGAGUCUCGUGGAAGACGCCAUGGAUCUGGAAGAAAACUACAUCGAUCCCAAGCGUGAACGCCAGCUCACGCGCAAGCUGGACUUGUUCAUCGCUCCCAUCAUGACCGUUGUCUUUCUCAAUGCCUACCUGGACCGCGCCAAUAUCGGAAACGCCGCGUCUGCUGGCAUGCUGACCGACCUGCACAUGUCCGACGGCGAACUGGGCAAUGCGAUCACUCUAUUCUACGUUACCUAUGUGGCCUUUGAAGUUCCCUGCUCCUUGGUAUUGAAGAAGUUUCACCCAAGUUUGUAUCUCUUCGACUCUGCCCCAAGUUAUACACCACCUGCUAACCUACUAUUUUUCAGGCCGCAUGAUUCCUCUCCUCAUCUUCUGCUGGUCUGUGGUUCUCAUUGGCACCGGUUUCAUGCACAACGCUGGUCAAUUGUACGCAAGCCGCAUACUGCUCGGAAUCUUCGAGUCCGGUGUAUUCCCUUGCCUCGCCCUGUACCUCAGCACGUUUUACCUUCCCCAAGAACAGGCUCUCCGCGUUUCUUAUCUCUUUGUCGCCGCUGCCUUGUCUGGUUCCUUCGGAGGCCUGUUUGCUUAUGCGCUCUUGAAAAUGGAUGGCAUCGCAGGCAUUCAGGGCUGGCGCUGGCUGUUCAUCAUCGAGGGAUGCGCCAGUGUAUUGGUUGCUCUCGUGGUCUACUUUGUGCUGCCAGACAACUUUGAGACGGCACAGUUCCUCAACGAAGAAGACAAGAAGCUGAUGCGUAUCAGAGCAGCCAACAAUGCUCGGUACAAUGGAAAACCAGACUUUGACUGGGCACAGGUCAAGUUGGCUGCAACGGACCCCAAGCUCUACCUGAGCUGUUGGAACCAGUUCAUGGCAGACAUUGGCUCCUUUUCUCUGUCCAGUUUCUUGCCGCUCAUCAUCAAGUCUUUUGGCUACGACACAGUCAAGACCCAGCUCUUCACCAUUCCUGUAUUUUUCUGGGCAUCGUUUGCAUACAUUGUCGUGUCCUACUUCUCGGACAAGCUCCAGAAGCGCGCAUUCUUCAUGAUCCCAGCGUGCGUGGUAACUGCCAUUGGAUUUGCAGUCAACCUGGGCGUCCCAGAAUCAAAAUCGGGCAUCCUAUACUUUUCAACAUUUCUCAUUGCCCCCGGCGUGUACAUCAUCGUCGGUCUCAACUGCGCGUGGCUUCUCAACAGCCACGCCCCAUAUUACAAGAGGGCCAUGGCUGUCGGCAUGAACCAGUCCAUCGGCAACUCUGCCGGUCUCGUGGUUGGCCAAAUCUUCAAGACCAAGAAGAACGGCAAGUAUGUCAUGGGCCUGAGCGCCUGUUUGGCCGCCGUCUUGCUUGCUAUCUUUGGACACAUUGCUUUGUACACCUAUCUGAAGCGCCGGAAUAAGAAGCGCGAUAAUAUGACGGCAGAAGAGAGGGCAGCCGAAAUUGCAAAGGGCAAGAUUGGUGACUAUCACCCUGACUUUAGAUACGCACUGUAAACUAGUAUACUCUUAAUGCAAGC